UUAUGUCAAGUUGAUUUUUAGUAUUGGACAUUAAUUUCUUAACUUAAUUAAUAAUGUGUUAAAAUUAAAACUGAUACCCCACUCCGAAACUUUAUAAUGUACUUGUAUCCGAAGAAGCACCUUCUCAUUUUCCUCACCAAUCUAUGCACAUUUUGAUUCCUAUGACAAAAUUUUUGGGGGCACCGUGAAAAGAAGCCUGAAGACUAGAUGCCGCCAGGGCGGCAUUCACUCCAGGGGCGGUGCGAUGCUCAGCCUUGAGCAGGAAAUUGGAGCCUGGGAUUCUGUUCUUCUCGAACCCUUAACUGAGGACAGUUUCAUUGCUAAUCUACAACAGCGUUUUAAGAGAGAUCACAUCUAUACCUAUAUCGGCAAUGUAUUAGUUUCAGUAAAUCCCUACAAGAAAUUGGCUCUUUAUUCUGCUGAUUUAGUUGAAGCCUAUGUUGAGAGAGGACCAUUCCAGCUGCCGCCACACAUAUAUGCUAUUGCUGGGUCAGCUUAUCGAUGGCUUAAUGACAGAAACGAGGACCAAUGUAUUAUCGUAACAGGUGAAAGUGGUGCAGGAAAAACGGAGGCUGCUAGAAUAGUUUUACAGUUUUUAGUAUUAGUGUCUGGAAAUAGUUCAGAUACAAAACUUGUUAAAGAUCGUUUAGUACAAGCUAAUACACUCUUGGAAGCGUUUGGGAAUGCUCGAACUAUGAAAAACGACAAUGCCUCUCGAUUUGGCAAAUUUCUAGAUAUUGAGUUCGAUUUCAAGGGAGAUCCGAUAGGGGGUCACUUAACACACUAUUUUCUUGACAAGUCGAGAGUUACAAAUUUGGCUUCUUGUGAUAGAAAUUUUCACAUUUUUUACCAGCUCUUGUCGGGAGCUGACAUUCAUUUACUGAAAUGUUUGAAAUUGCAUCGCAACGUCGAACAGUACACCAUUUUGCAAACGGAAACCAAUCAACCCACCUUGUCCGAAGAAGAAGAUAAAAAGUUAUUUGUUUACACGAAAGGUGCACUGGAAGUUCUAGGAUUUACGAAUAGCGACAUUAUCGAUAUUUUUCGCGUUAUAGCAAUUGUUUUGAAAUUAGGUAAUUUGCAGUAUGUGCCUUGUAAUAAUAUAGACGGUACAGAGGGGUGUUCGAUUAAUAACGACUACGAGCUGUUUGAGGUGUGUGAAUUGUUGGGGGUAGAGCACAGUUGGUUACAAAGGGCACUAACAACCCGUCAAGUCGAAGACGGUAUAAUGACGGACCUGAAUGCGACUGAUGCGGCGAAAAUCAGGGAUAUAUUAUGUAAAACUUUGUAUAGUCGCCUAUUCACGUGGCUGAUUAAUAAAAUUAACGAUGUAAUUAAGGCAAAAACGUUAGGCAAACGGAAAGUAUUGGGUGUUUUAGACUUGUACGGAUUCGAGGUGUUCGAAGAUAACGGUUUCGAGCAACUCAUGAUAAAUUAUUGUAACGAAAAGCUACACCAGUUUAUUACUGCCGCCACUUUGAAAGAGGAACAAGAGGAACUUAUUAGGGAAGGCCUAGAGUGGACUAAAGUAGAGUAUUUUAAUAAUAUAGUAAUAUGUCAAUUGUUAGAACACGAAAGCCAUGGCGUACUGCCAUUGUUAGAGGAACCUCACGUUCAAAGUGAUGCUGCAUAUCUCUGUAGAGUAGAACAGUGUUGUGCUGGUCAUUCACAUUGUUUAGCAGCCGAUGCCACACUGCCAUCGCAUAGUUUUCAAAUUAGACAUUACGCGGGUAUAGUGACAUAUAACGCGAAGGGGUUCGUGGAAAAAAAUCGCGACACCUUACCCAGAGAAGUUUCGAGGGCGAUGUAUCGCUGCGACCACUCCAUAAUGCAGUCGCUAUUUCCCGAGGGGAAUCCUAAGAGGUGCAACGUGAAACGACCCAUUUCCAAAUCUGUGCAAAUGCAAAUCUCCUUAAAUGCCCUUUUAAAGGGCCUCGGUGGUCGGCAGGUGCACUACAUCAGAUGCUUGAAGCCCAACGAGCUGAAGCAGCCUAGAAUAUUCGAGAUGGCCUUAAUACAGCACCAGGUACGUUAUUUGGGCUUAGUCGCCACGGUCCAGAUGUGGCGAACCGGCCACUGCUAUCGGCUGCCCUUCAUCCAAUUUCUCUGCCGUUACAAAAUGAUCUGCGGUAAUACGUGGCCCAGGUGGCGAGGUUCCCCCAUAGAGGGCGUUUCUCUCCUGUUGAGAUCGCUGCCGAUACCCAGCGCCGAGUUCACUUUUGGAAGAACCAAAUUGUUCGUUAGGAGUCCCAGGACCGUGUUCGAGCUAGAGGAUUUUCGGAGGGUUAGGUUACACGAUUUGGCGUUGCUGAUACAGAAGAUCUGGAGGGGGUACAGGCAGAAGAAGAGGUAUCAGAAGAUGAGGCACAGCCAGAUGAUCAUAUCCUCAGCUUGGAGAAGUUGGAGGGCGCGAGAAGAAUACCGGAUCUUGAAACACCGAAAACAAGUCGAAUGGGCCGCCAGGGUAAUCCAAAGGCACUAUGUACAGUGGAAGAGGCGUCAGUUUCUGCUGCAUCUGUGCCGGGUGUUGCCAGCUGACGCAGAUUCUCCGAUCUGCAGGGAGUGGCCCGAGCCCCACAAUAAACUGGUAGAAUGUAGUAAUUUACUUAGGAAGAUACACCAUCGCUGGAGGUGCCAUAAAUUUAGGCUUAAAUUCGACCAAACCGCUAGGAACCGCAUGCGGGAGAAAGUUACGGCUAGUUUUAUUUUUAAAGACAGAAAAUGCUCAUAUCCUAGAAGUGUUUCUCAUCCGUUUCUUGGGGAUUAUGUUCGUUUACGGCAAAAUAUUCAGUGGAAGAAAAUGUGUCUGGAGAGUAACGACCAAUACGUAGUAUUUGCUGAUAUUAUUAACAAAAUUACUAGAUCCAGUGGAAAAUUUGUUCCUAUACUUCUGGUGAUAUCGACGAGGUCGAUGUUAGUCCUGGAUCAACGAACGCUGCAAAUCAAAUACCGUGUGCCUGCUACCGAAAUUUAUAGGAUGUCAUUGUCCCCUUUCCUUGACGAUGUGGCGGUCGUUCAUGUCAGAGCGUCCUCGUUAGCAAACCCAGAGACGUCUAGUGCCACGUCUGACCAGACGGGCUGCUUAUUUCAGAGCGACCUGAGCAAGAAGAAAGGCGAUUUUGUCUUCCAGACGGGCCACGUCAUCGAAAUUGUCACCAAGCUGUUCCUGGUCGUCCAGAACGCCACCGGGAAGCCGCCCGAAGUCAACAUCACCACAGAAUUCGAGGCCAAUUUCGGCUCUCAAACCAUCACAUUCACCUUUAAGUGUGGCCUGCCCGAGGUGCAGCCGGGCCAGAUCCGUGUGCUCCGCAAAGGGAACAAGAUGGAAGUGCUCGUGUGACAUUUUGCCAAACAUAUCCUCGCGACCAGCAUAACAUUCACUGCCACAUUAGGAAAAUUUCAUUCGAUUGCACAAUACUCUUUUCUACUCCAUAAAGACUUUCUUUUCGUUGUUUGGUGUGUGACACGUUAGGUAGGACUGUAAAUAUUACGACGUUCGUAGUGAGGACAAUUGUUACGUUCGGUUGGGGUACAGGUAACGUAAAAAAUUUAACAUUAAAUGAAUAAAUCUAUUGAACUAGCCAGAUCGUUUUUUAUAGGAUUUUGUGCCAAAGUCUAGUUAAUCAUUCCAAAGUUCAAAUACAGAAAUAGGUACAAUAAAUAUGAAUACUAAUGAUAAUCAUUUUGUUCUUCAUAUUUUUAUAUCAUCGUAUACUUUUCGUUGGUUCAAUAGCUGUACAAUGACUCCUACCGUUGAUAAACACUUCAUUGCUGAUACAUGUCAAAUUUCGUGAAAUAUUAGUUUUUUCACCAGAGGUUAGUAAUUAAGUUUCGUUAUUUUCGUUCACUUUGUGCCUAAAAAACGAAAUCAGGAACGAAAUAAAUUUUUGCAUGUUCUGAGUUUUUUUUUUUAAAGAACAAUGCAUUAUAUUUUGUUUCUGAAACUUUGUUUCUCAUUUUUGGUUACUCUAUUAGAAAUGAUUCUAUCGCCAGCAAAAUUGAGAACGAGAUGCAGAUGAACGCUACUGAAAAAAACGAAAUCAGUAACACAAUAAAGAGUGUUUCUGCUGAGAAAAUAGCAUGAAUUAAAUGAAUUUUUGUUCCUUUUUAAUUUUUCCAUUUAGAUUUAGAAAACGUUUCGUUCUCUUUCGUUUUUUUAAACUAAUCUGAAUUACUUAAGAACAAAUUUUCAGGAACAGAGCUGAAUUUAAGUAUCAAAAUAACAUUUAAGUUUCGUUCUAAGUUUUGGAUCAACUCUUAUUAGACAUGGUUCUGUCGACAGCAAAAUAAAGAACGAAAUGCAGAUGAAUGCUACUGCAAAGAAUGAAAUCAGUAACACAAUAAAGAGUGUUUCUGCUGAGAAAACAGCAUGAAUGAAGUGAAGUUUUGUUCGUCAUUAAUUUUUCCAUUUAGAAAAUAUUUCGUCCUGUUUCGUUUUUUUAAACUUUAUUCUGCAUUACUUCAGAACAAAUUUUCAGGAACAAAACUGAAUUUAAGUAUCAGAAAGGAACAUUUAAGUUUUGUUCUCAUUUUUGGAUCAACUCUUAUAAGAAAUGGUUCUAUCGACAGCAAAAUUGAGAACGAGAUGCAGAUGAACGCUAUUUCAAAGAACGAAAUCAGUAACACAAUAAAGAGUGUUUCUGCUGAGAAAAUACCAUAAAUGAAAUGAAUUUUUGUUUGUCUUUACUUUUCCUUUUAGAAAACAUCUCGUUCCGUUUUGUUUUUUUAAACUUUAUUUCGCAUUACUUCAAAAGACAUUUUCAGGCACAAAACUGAAUUAAUGAUUAUUGUUUUCGAAAUAUUAUCAAAAUUAUGUUUUUCGAUUGCAACACCCUUUAUAGUGAAUUCUGGGUCAUGAACAGAUUUGAGAUUUCAUUUACGUAAAUUGAAUAUCAGUGAUGAAAGUGGAACUAUAAAUAGUUUUACGUUACAGUAUGUAAAAAAAUAUAUAUCUACCACUCUAGCAGAAGGAAAGUUUUUUGUUCUUCACGAUGAUUGUAUGUUCCAUAGCAAUAAAUAAGUUAUAUUUUUC